UAUAACCCGAAACUAAACCUUUCCCACCAACUUAGAACCCUACGCAUCAGCACUGCCUCCCUCUCUUCACUCUCUUUUUCUUACAUUUCUCAGAAGCUUAACUCUCUCUCCCUCUUGCGCUUCCCCAAACCCCCUUCCCUCGUCGUCUCCGCCACUGCGCUCGCCGAACCGGAAACCGAGGACCUCAAGAAGUUCGUCAAAUCGUCGCUUCCGGUGUAUUUGCCACGCAGACAAUCAUAGAAACCGGUCGCCGUAAGAGCGCCAUGGCUCGCGUCGUUCUCCAGGAAGGAACCGGCAAAUUCAUCAUCAAUUACAGUGACGCCAAGGCAUCUGAAGUAAUUUGUUUCCUUUCUUUUACUUGCAGUGUAUGGGUUGGAAUAAAUAAAGCCACAACUCAAAAUUGCUCUUGCUUUAGUUAUUAGAUUGCUUUGGAUUCAGAGAGCUCAAUUUAGUUACGUGAGAAAAAGGUGACUGUGUAUCUGAAUCCAAAUCUGAAUGGGUUAUCUUCAAUUUGGCAGACAUGGUGUUAGGCAGAUCAUUAGAACUAGAGAUAUCAGUUAUGAUAAUGUUGUGGUAAACCCACUCCUGUUUGCUUCCCAAGGGCUUCGUUACAAGAGGAAGCUCCAAGUUAUCCUUACAACUGACAUAGAUAAGCUGGGAAAGGCAGGUGAUACUGUCAAAGUUGCCCCUGGAUAUUUUCGCAACCACCUAAUGCCCAAGCUCCUUGCUUUCCCUAACAUCGAUAAGUUUGCUUAUCUUCUCAACGAGCAGCUCAAGAUCUAUCAACCAACUGAGGAAGAAAAACAAGAAGAUCUCACUGUAGUUAAAGAGUCAAAGGAAGAUAUGAUGAAAGAGUAUGAAAGAGCUGCACUACGUCUUGAUAAAGCUAAGCUGGUCUUGCGGAGGUUAAUUGAUGUUCAAAAGGCCAAGUCACGUGAAUCCAAAGCUGACCCCUUGGAGUUACGUUCUCCUGUGACAAAAGACAAUCUUGUGGCUGAGGUGGCGAGACAACUUUGCGUGAACAUUGCACCCGAUAACCUGCAUCUUCCAUUACCUUUAUCGACAUUGGGAGAAUAUGAGGUGCCUCUGCGAUUACCAAAAUCCAUUCCCCUGCCAGAGGGCAAGGUUAACUGGAGUUUGCAAGUUAAAAUCAGGAGUAAAUAAAUUUCUUUCUUGUGGAAUUCCAGUUCACAGGGGAUGUGGAAUUAUCGUUUUCUGCUGAUAAUCAUCAAAUUGAACCCGGGGAUUAAAAGAUUUUGACGUGCUUUGAUUUAUGGAAAACAGAAAUGUCUUUUCAAUAUUCUGUACUGAGUGAAAUCUCAUGUUAUUUGACAUUCCUUUACACAGUUAUCUCGUUGUCAAA